CCAUUUGUAAGUCUUGCAUACCAAAACUAAUAUCCCCCUCCUCCUCCUCUCUCUCUCUUCACCAAAGAAACGAUGCCUCCUGAACCAAUCAAGCCUACUUCAACUCUACCGGCCGAAGGAGAGGGCCAAAAACACCUUGACCGCGAGAUCAGAGAGAUGAUCUCUGCACUAGCCCAUCGCCUGACCAAUCUCCAACACGUUCACAAGCCUGGUUCGAGCCACCAUGCCACCGAGUGCGAUGAUGACCACGGCGUGAGUAUCAUCACCCUCACCGGAACCAACACCGGAGCCACAAUGCGGAGCGAGCUAGACGACAAGCCUCAAGAAGGUGAGAAUGAUGCAUUGGGCACCUAUGUGAACAGCAACUUCCAAGCCAUCAACAAUUCACUCAUGCUAAGUGGCAGCUACAACACCAACGACCCUGGUGUUCAUUUGGAGAUCACAGACUACGUCGAACACCAACACGAACACGAACACGAACACGAACACGAACACCACCGUAUGCAUGGAAAGAAGGAGAAGAAGAAGAAAGACAAAGAAACCUCGAAAAGUGACCAGCAUUCUGAUCAUUCCGAUUAAAUGAGAGUUCGUGUGCUGCUUUAAAUAUUACUACGUAUUUCGUUGGAUGUCCGUGCAUGUUUAAACUUUGAUGUUGAGUCAUUUCAAUUCACAAUAAAUUUCCAUCCGGAAUGUUGUUCUGCAAUAGUUUCUUAGGUUAAUCUGCGCAUGCAUGAUCUGCAUGCAUAUAUGUAAUGCCAUAGUAUUGAUACUAUGUGCAAGGGACUAUAUAUCUCCUACUAUUGAUACGAAAGUGCUUAUGAUAUAGAAUACUGGUUUUACAAUCCCAUUAAUUAAUCAUAAAUUUAUGCUGAUUUUAUUAGU